AAACAAAACAAAGAAACAGAAAACUUUAUUGCCCCCGUUUUACUCUUGCUCUUACCUUCCUCACGCAUAGACAACAACUCAAAGACGCAGCGACUCAACUCAACUCAACUCCGGUGCUGAUUGAUUCGUAUCGAAGCAGUUAGUCGAAGUUGAGGUUCUAUUGACCGUAGGGAUCUCUCCCAUCUCAUCCCAUCUGGUGCCGGAACUGCACUUCACUUCGGGAGGGAUCAUCUAUUCCUGUGCGUGUUACAGGGAAAGAUCACAGGAGGACUGUUUGAGGCAAUGGUCAGUCAAAAUUCAGAAUUUUCAUUAAGUAGCAUUUGGUGGCUUUCCGUGGAAACUGAUACAACUGCCCUAAGUUAUUGGUUGAACUGGAGAGUUUUGGCGUGUGCAAUAUGGGUCCUAUUAGGUAUGGCCUUAAGUGCACUUCUAAUAUGGAGAUAUGAAGGGCACCGAAAAAAUCAACAAAGUAGGAAUAAGAAUGAGGGUCCAGGAUUUGUGUAUAAGGAUGAAAUUUGGGGAACAUGUUCAAGAUGGGUCCAUCCUAUUUGGCUGCUCGGUUACAGGGUAGUUUGCUUCUGUGUAAUGCUUGCAUUGGUUCUUGCUGAUAUCAUUGCUUCUGGUGGUUGGAAAUUUAACUUUUAUACCCAGUGGACGUUUGCCUUGGUGACCAUUUAUUUUGGGCUUGGGUCCUCACUUUCAAUUUAUGGCUGCCUACAUUACCGCCUUGAAGUGAAACUAGAAAAGGAUCAAAUCCAUGAUUCGGAUGCAGACCAUGACUCCUAUCUGCCAGCCACUCCAGGGCAGUAUGCAGAAAUUCGUAGCUUGACUGAAAGCCUGAAUCAUCUUGAUGAAUCUAAUUGCAGAAUACUUGCAUCAGGCUGGGGAUAUGCCUUGCAAAUAGUUUUUCAGAUGUGCGCUGGGGCUGUAGUGCUCACGGAUCUCGUCUAUUGGUUGAUAAUUUACCCAUUUCUUACACCCAGAAGUAAAAACGUAACCAUUCUGGUAGUGUGUAUGCAUUCUGUCAAUGCUGUUCUUCUCCUUGGCGAUGCAAUUUUAAAUCGCUUGCGAUACCCAUUCUUCCGAGUUGCCUACUUUAUUCUAUGGACAUCUGUCUUUGUUAUUAUCGAGUGGAUCAUCCAUGCUUGUGUAUCAGUGAGCUGGCCAUAUGCUUUUAUGGACUUGUCGUCACCAUAUGCUCCCGUUUGGUAUGUAGCCAUUGGGUUGCUGCUUUUUCCAUGUUUUGGGAUUUUUUCCCUCGUUUUCCUGCUAAAGAACCAAUGUUCAUCACGGUGAUGUUUUUACUAUACAAGACUUCGAUAUUGCACAUGUAAUCAGUCUCUGAACUGCUUAUUACAGUUGGAAGAAUCUUUAAAACAGUAUACUGAUCUGCUGAAUCAAGUUUAUAUAGUCCCUCCCUUAUGUUUUGUGGUUUAGAUUGUUUCCAGUGUAUGACGAUGCUGAUGAACUAUAAUAAAGACAAACACUACAGAAUUCUAUGUAUUCCAAUAUGACCAAACUAAAUUCUGUUAUUACAUU